GGGAAUGAAAACACCGUUGGACUGAUAUGUGUGGGCGGGAAGCUUCCUGUUUUGAAGGAAAACAACUGGCGUGAGUGUAUUUGUUUUUUUAGGUAUUGACUUACGAUAGUGAGGAGCCAUGCCUUUCCUCCAUGGGUUUCGUAGGAUCAUAUAUGAGUACCAGCCGCUGGUGGACGCCGUCAUGUGUGUUGUUGGACUGGAGGGAGGCAGCGGGAGUCACGAGGACAGAGUAAAAAGCCCUGAGGAUGAUUCUGGUGUUUGUGGCUCUCUAGAGGAGCUUCUGGUGCGGGAGUCCCAGUCAGAAGUGUUUUUGGAAGGCAUCAGCUAUGCUCUGUUUAAGGUGGCAGAGCGGGGACUGGUGCUCGCAGCUGAAAUCCUACUACGCUAUGGAGCUGAUCUAAACUUUGAAGACCCAGUGUCGUACUACAAUCCACUACAUAUGGCAGUUUUGAGGAACAGGCCAAACAUGGUGAGGCUGCUGGUCGGUCACGGAGCAGACGUUGAAAAGAGAGACAGGAUCCAUGAGAGCAGCCCUUUGGAUCUUGCCAGUGAGGAGUCGGAGAGGCUCCCCUGCCUGCUCACCCUGCUGGACCUGGGUGCUGACGUGAAUGCGAAGGACAAGAAUGGAAAAACACCUUUGCUCCAUGCCUUUGCGAGCAGCGAUGGAAUCACUGUGCACAACAUAGAGAACAUCGAGCUCCUGCUCCAGAGAGGUGCUGACGUCAGUGCUGCAACUGUAGACUGUGAAACAGUGGAGUCCUCGCUGGUGUUUCUGAUUAAGGAGGCUCUUGAUGCCAGUGUGGAGGACGCAGCUAAGAUCGGUAGCUUCUGCCUGAAGGCCACAAAACUACUGCUGACGCACGGCGUGGACCCCAGCCUCUGUCUGAACGAGGAUGGCGAGCCGUCCCUGACGCAGACGAGCCUGGAGCAUUUUGACCUGCUCUUCCCUCUGGCUGUGCUCUUAAUCCAGAGCGGAGCCUCUUUGGUUUGCACCUAUCACGGCGACUCCUGUUGGUCAGGUUUCAACCUUCUCUUCCAGCGGCUCCAGACAGCCCUGCAGCAGUGCUCUGAUCAAAGCCACGCCUCUGAGCUGCUGGAGCAAGCCGAGGUGUUGCUCGACUUAGCGAGGGUAGGUGACCCCGAGCUGGAUUUGCGUCUCAGCGUGGAGCUCCCCGUGCCCGGCCCUCACCCCUAUGCUCAGGCUCUGGCAGAGCUGCACAGCCGCGUAGUAGAGCAUCAAGCAAGCCCUCCUGCUCUGCGAUGCCUUUGUAGGGCAUUCAUCAGGAGCCACCUGCAGCCUUGGCCCCUGGAAGACAAAGUCAAAGCCCUGCCAUUACCAGACAGACUUAAAGACUUCAUUCUUCCUGAGCACACAUAUACACCUAAGCCUGGCUGGGACUGCUUCAAGCCCCAACAUAGCCAGCACUGAUUAUAUCAACUACUGGAUAGUUUGUGUAUCUUACAGCUAAAUUAAAAGACUGAUAAUGCCUAUAAUACUUUGUACAAAAUGUCUGAGCCUUAGACUGUA